GAGAAGUAAAGGAUAGAGAUUUUAAUAACUUUUGACCUAGCUCUCUCUCCCUGUGAAAGAAAGACAAGGUUUGGAGUUAUAGCCGCCACCCCCUUUGGGGGUGGGUGAGUUCCUCUUGCUCUCCCCCCUCCCUUCCCCCCUCCCCUGUUUCUUUCCCACUCUUCCCCUCUUCUCUCGCCCCCCUCUCCCUUCCUUCCCUUGCCUUCCGUCCACUCCUUCCCCCACUCCCUGAGUUCUCUUCCUCUCUCCCUUUUUCUUCUGCUCUGUCUUUGGGUUUUACAGGGUGUGCGUGGCUGGGUAAGGGUGGUUUUGUUGCUCUGUUGCUUGGCAUCUCCGGUAGAUCUAUUCUGGAUCUAGUUUAUCCGGGCUUUGCUGUGGUGUUUCGGUGGCUUGGGUGCUUUUCCCCUGUGGCCGCCGCGGUCUAUCGAGGUUCUCUCUCGGGCAUUUGGUGUUCCCAUUUUGCUGGUUCCGAUGCUCUCUCUUAGGAUGAGAGCGGGUGACGUCGUUCGAGCAUUCACUGCUUGUAUCGAAGGCUUCAUGCCUCCUAUCUGUUUAGAUCCCUCACAUCUCCACCAUUCCAUCUCUCACAGAGCUGUCCAUUGGCCUUCGUCACUUCAGUUGCUGGGCUUCCCUUGGUGCGUUGGUGUUUACGAUUCCGGCGAAGAUGCGAUUUCUUGGGUUGCUGAUGACCAGAACCCAGAUCCCCCCACUUCCCUUUCGAACCGACUUCAUCACCCGGUUUCAACGGCAAACUCUAAACGCGAGCUCUCGCGUACCCCUCGGAAGGUGUGUCGAGCCGCGACUUUGCUCCGACUCUGGUGCCUGCACCACCUCCUUCCUGUUACUUGGUUACUUUCCCUGUGCCUUUGGUCUGCUUUGAGAGUUACUGGUUUUUGUGGUAGAUUUGUGAUUUGGGCGUGUAUUUUCUGUAUUUUUUCUUGUUUCAACUUGGUGUUGCUACCACAUGUUAGGUGUGGGUUCUGUUUUACUGCUGGCUUUUUGCCAGCUUAAUUUUGUUUCCGGCGGGAUCAUGAUCUUCAUGCUAUGCCUAUGCCUGGGUUUUAGUUAGAUCUGGUCCUGUUUUGGUGUUGUUGCGUUUGUCUUUUGCGGGUGCUCCUUGCUUGGCCCUUUGGUUGUGUUCUUGCCCUUUUGUGGGUUUUCAAUGAAUUUGCCUUUCGACCAAAAAAAAAAAAGGAUAGAGAUUUUAAGUUCAAACUUCCAUGCAAUAAAAGAAAAGAAAGAAAACAAAUUGCAAUUAGUUCUUGGCUGUAUUCAAAUGUAAGAACCGUAGGGUACGUAACCGCAGGGAACAGAGCCCCCCGGGUUUAUAAAAAGCCACUAAACCAGUGCUCUGCUUGGCAAUUUGGCACACACACGUACUUGUAAGUUGUACGAGCAUUUCCUUCACAUCCAAAACCCACACAAAACUCUUAGCUUACAAGAAGAAGAAGACACAGAAAAUCAAAUUAAGAGGAGAAAUGGUGGGCAGCCGAAAAACGACGUCGGUCGGCGAGGAGGUGGCAGAGGUCGGGAAGGUGGUGGUGGAGAUCAACGGAACCAUGAAUGAAGCCGGAGCACGUGGCUUGCUCCGGAAGGGUGACGUGGCGCAGGUGUGCCUGAGGGUGAUGUGCAUGGCGGCUUCGGUGACAGCUCUGUCGUUCAUGGUGACAGCCAGGGAGGCGAGUACGGUCUCCAUCUACGGAUUUCAGCUCCCCGUUAACUCCAAGUGGUCUUUCGCCGACUCCUACGAGUAUCUGGUGGGAGUUUCAGCAGCUGUGGUAGCUCACUCAUUGCUGCAACUACUAAUAAAUGUGUCAAGGCUGCUGAGGAAGUCUCCAUUAAUUCCCUCGAGAAAUCAUGCAUGGCUUACUUAUGCUGGGGAUCAGGUGUUUGCAUAUGCAAUGAUGAGCGCAGGGUCAGCUGCAUCCGGGGUAAGCAACCUGAACCGUACCGGGAUCCGGCACACGGCUCUGCCUGAUUUUUGUAAACCAUUGCACAUUUUCUGCUACCAUGUUGCAAUCUCAAUAGCCUGCACUUUCUUGAGCGGCCUCUUGCUGGCAAUAUCUGCUAUCCAGAAUGUGAUUUGGCUCUCAAACAACUGAUGAGAUGGAGUUGCAUCAUUUUGCACUUGCUUCAUGUUCUUGCGCUUCAACUCUGUAAUGAUAGUUAUGUAACAUUAAAUAAAUAAAUUAAUCCCACUGUUUUUAAGGCUGGGAAUUCUGGAUGCUGGGUAUGGUAAAGUUCCAAAUGCUGGGAA